UGUGACUUUUGGAUCAUUGAACAUUUAUUGAAAUGAGAAGUUAAGAGUGUAAAAUCACUACUUGUUGGAGCUGUUAACAACUCAAAGACAUCUGAAAUGUGACCCUGACUACACACUGCUUUAAAACUCAAAAAGAGAUGAACGGUGAAAACUUCACCCUGAGUGAGAAGAUCGUCUCAACCUCCUACAUCCGACAGGGAUGCCAGGCUCGCCGCGGCCACGAGCAGCUCAUCAGACAAUUACUCGCGCAGGGAAAGUGCCCAGAGGAAGGAUGGAGUGAGAGCACCAUCGAGCUCUUCUUGAACGAGCUGGCUGUGAUGGACAGUAACAACUUCCUCGGCAACUGUGGCGUCGGAGAGAGGGAAGGCCGGGUGGCUUCCAGUCUUGUGGCAAGACGACAUUACAGGUUGAUCCACGGCAUCGGUCGGUCAGGUGAUAUUGCUGCAAUUCAGCCAAAAGCAGCAGGAUCCAGCCUGCUAAAUAAACUGACAAACUCCAUUGUGUUGGACAUCUUGAAGCUCUCAGGUGUGCGCAGCGUGGCGAGUUGCUUUGUAGUUCCUAUGGCAACGGGAAUGAGCUUGACUUUGUGCUUUCUGACCCUUCGCCACCGGAGACCCAAGGCUCGCUAUAUUAUUUGGCCUCGCAUCGACCAGAAGUCCUGUUUCAAAGCCAUGAUUACAGCAGGCUUUGAACCCGUGGUCGUGGAGAAUGUUCUCGAGGGUGAUGAGCUGCGGACAAAUUUGGAAGCAUGCGAGGACAAGGUUAUGGAGCUCGGAGCAGAAAACGUCUUGUGUGUUCAUUCAACAACAUCUUGUUUUGCCCCGCGGGUGCCUGACAGGCUUGAGGAGCUGGCAGCUAUGUGUGCCAAAUAUAACAUUCCCCACAUAGUUAACAAUGCAUACGGAGUGCAGUCAUCUAAAUGCAUGCACCUUAUACAACAGGGGGCUCGUGUUGGAAGAAUUGACGCCUUUGUACAGAGCUUGGACAAGAACUUCAUGGUUCCAGUAGGUGGCGCCAUAAUAGCAGGUUUCGAUGAGACCUUCAUUCAGGAGAUAAGCAAGAUGUACCCAGGUCGAGCAUCGGCCUCACCUUCCCUUGAUGUCCUCAUCACCCUUCUCACUCUGGGAGCCAGCGGCUAUAAGAAACUCCUGUCAGAGAGAAAGGAGAUUUAUUCGUUCCUGGCUCAGGAGCUGAAGAGCUUGGCCUCAGCACACGGGGAGAGAUUGCUUCACACCCCACAUAACCCCAUUUCACUGGCCAUGUCUCUGGAUGGUCUCCAAGCCAGGUGUGAGAAAGCAGUCACUCAGCUGGGCUCCAUGCUGUUCACCCGGCAAGUGUCGGGAGCCAGGGUAAUACCACUGGGCAAGGAGCAGAUCAUAAGCGGACACACAUUCCGCGGCUUUAUGUCACACUCGGAGGUGUACCCCUGCCCUUACCUCAAUGCCGCCUCAGCAGUGGGCAUCACUCGUGAAGAUGUGACGCUGUGCAUCAAAAGGCUUGACAAGUGCCUAAAGACACUGAAGAAAGAGGGAACUGCAGCUGAAAGUAGUUCCACAUCACCACCAAUGUGCCAGAAGGACACGACUGGAGAGUGACUGACUGGAAAUAAGGCGCUACAACCAUGACUGCAUUGUUUGUUUAUUAUAGGCAUGUGCAUUUUUAUGAAUGUAUACAUGUAAAUCAAGAUAUCUCAAAGGAAUUCAACAAUCAACUUAUAAGGAAGCCCCAGUGGAUAAAGUGAUUUUUAAUUAUUUUCUCCAUGCAGCAACCAGCACUUUCUAGCCUGCUAUGAAAUAUGUGUGUGCGUUUGUAUGAGCCUGUGCGUGUGUGUGCGUGUGCGGGUGGAAUAGCACUUGCUGUGCAUUAUCAAUCCAAAGACAGAGCUCAGCAACAACAGCUGGCGAUCAAACUGUGUGCAGAUGUGUCUCAUAAACAAAAAUGACCCAAGCUGAUGUCAUUGAUUAAUACCCUCCUCUGUGAAUGUGCACUUAUUAUUAGUUGACAAUGUAAGAACAAAACCUGCAUACAAAUGAGUCAUACCACUGAUCUAAAAUUAGACCAAAGCAUCUGCAAAGACUCUUGAUGCAUUAUUGUUUAUAUUAUGCUUCACUUUAUGAUGAACUUUGUACUCAGAAUAAAAUAUUAUGGAUCUACUGUACGGCUCUACAUGGCCAUUACCACUUCUCUGUCAUUUUUCUUCAUUAAAGCCAUC